CAUAACCUCCAUCAGCAUAACACUCCCUCACCAUCAUCACACACACACACACACAUAUACACACACAAUCUCCACCGCUAUCGCCAGUCUCAGCCACCACCACCACCACCAUCUCCCCCACCGAUCAUACUGCCCCACCAUCGUCAUAGUUCACACCAACACCGCCAUAUACACCACCACCACCACCACCACCACCACAUGCCAUAAUUAUCAGAGACAAUACUACCACUUACAUUGCCCCGACCACACAUCUUCGGCACCAACCUCAUCACCAUUCAUCCCCGGCUCCUCUCUACAAUCACCACACAUCGCCAGAACACACUUCUGUCACCGCAUACGAACACUACACCACAUACACACCGCCACCGGAGCCACAACCACUAUCCCAGCCACCACCCACCACCACCGCUACUACCACCGCCACUACAACCAAUCACCACACACACACACACACAUACACACACACACCCUACCACUACCACCAGCCAUCGCCACAAUCACCACCGCCACCACCACUACCACCAGCAGCAGCCUGCACGUGAAGUGUCCCCCCUCCAGUCCAUCCAGCGUGGUAGAGGUGGCAGUUGUAUAUAUCAGAAGUGUGUUGGACAGCCACCCGUGUACAAGAAAAUCGGGUGGCUAAUACAGUGGUCAGUUAACUGUGAUUCAACAACAACAGACACCGGCAGCCACCCGGGGUAGCUGAGAUAUUCUAUGGUUACAAGAGAUGAUGGCUGCACAAGAGAAAAUCUCUCGCCUGGUGUGAAGCAGUAAUCCAAAGAAUAGCAGCAUGCAACACUGUCCGAUUUAUGGUUUUAUCAUUCAAUUCAAGUCAGCAUAGAAUGAAGAAUGAGGUCACCUGUAUACAGUCUGUUAGGUGUGCUCUCACUCAUUACCAUUAUCAAUUCUGUCCAUGGAAUUAAGAGCAAUAGAGACAACAUUACCAGCAACCAAGUGCUGGCACCCAAUCCGCAGCCAAUCCGAGAUAAUCCACUAAGAAAUCCAUGGACAACACAUUGUGCAACAAACUGCACAUGUGAUGUGGUUUCUUAUGCCAACUAUAAGAAUCUAAAAACAAUUAACUGCAGUAACAGCAAUUUGGUUUCAAUGCCAAAUAUCUCCAAUAACUUAGCAGAAGCUUUUCUAUUGUCCAAAAACAAAUUUAAAAUUGUCCAAGAAUUACCUCACCUGAAAAAUCUGAAAAUUCUUGAUCUCUCCUCCAGCCAGAUUAGUAAAUUUAAGAGUCACUGGCAGUUCUUCCUUUAUGGAUUACUUGAAGUAUUAAAUUUACAUAAUAAUUUAUUAAAAACUUUGCAGGAUGGUGCUUUCACAGGACUGAAAAACCUUAGGGUAUUAGACUUGUCUUAUAACCGGCUGCAUUCAAUUGGAAAAGAUGCAUUUGGAGGAUUGAAUAAUCUUCAAGUCUUAAAUUUAGAAGGUAACGGAUUAACAUCAGUGAACCCUGACUGGUUUCAGAGAAUCAAAUCUGUUAGUGAGCUCCUUUUAUCGAAGAAUGAUCUGAGAAAGCUGACCGAUGAUGUAUUCAGGGAGUUGCCACUUCUUUCAACCCUUAAUUUAACUGGCAACCAAAUCAGAGUGAUAGAAGUAAAUGCUUUCCGAGGGUUGAGUAAACUGUGUGUGUUAAAUCUGUCCAAUAACCGACUUACUAAUAUCCCUUCACAGGAGGUAAGGCCUUUGCCCAGCCUGGAUAUUUUGAUAUUAGACGCAAACUCUUUUGAAACGGUAAAGUCAGAGGAAUUUCACCAUCUCAACAUAAGUGAGAUAUCACUAAGUUUUUUACCCCUUCUGAAAAGUAUUCAAAACAAUUCAUUCCACCACCUGCCAAAACUGACUAUCCUGCAAAUGCAUGAUAAUAAAAAUUUGCUCUUCAUCCAUCCAACUGCCUUCAGCCAGGUGCCGAAUCUCCAGAAACUCUAUCUGCACAAUAACAAGUUGUGGGCACUACCUUACACGCUAAAAGCAAGCCUUCCAAAUUGCACUAACAUUCACUUGUAUCACAACCCACUGAGGUGUGACUGUAAUAUCCACUGGAUCUUAAAGGAACUAGCUAGCACUGGUAACAAAAGCAGAAUAGAGUUCCAUGAUGCUAACAAAAUCAUCUGUGAUUUCUCAAACAACAAAACGCUGCUGAGUAAGAUCCGUGUGAAUGAAAUCCCAGAAUCCUGUCCUCCGACAACACUUCCUUCAUUUCCAAAACACUUUGAAACUUCUAUAGGGGAACCAAUUUCACUAGAAUGUUUAGCCAUUGGUGUACCCCUGCCACAAAUCCAUUGGUUAGUGGGCAAAGGAGCCAAAAAGAACCAAACUAAUCCGGAAAAACAAACUGAAAUCAAUAAUGGUCUAUACUACGUCCGAUUUGCACGUCUCAACAAUUCAGGGAGUUACAAAUGUGUUGCGGAAAAUAUCAAGGGUAAUGACACAAGAUCUGCGUCAGUCGAAGUCUUAUCAGGUCGGCUAAACAUUAUAACUGGCAAGACUUCCAAUACGUACAUCACAAUUAUUCUCAAUGGAAGUGAGUCACUCAUGCUACUGGACAAAUAUCAAAUCCACUACAAGGAAAGUGUCAAAGACAGUGAAUACAAUGUUAUUUACCUGAAAUCACGCAUGCAUCGUUGCACAAUAACGGGAUUGAAGCCACACACCAUGUAUGAGUUGUGUAUUUUAUACCAAAUCAACUCAGAACUGCUAAAACUUCAUUGUAUAAAUGUAACGACAAAACUUGAAGGAGACAAAUCUGGAAUUACCAAGAUUGUAGAUGUCAAGGUGGUGAUGGGAAUUAUUGUGGCAAUUAGCGUCACACUUACAGUCAUCUGCUUCAUUGCAGUUGCCAAGCGCUUCCGGAAAAGAAAAGAAUAUGAAGAACCAUUCGGUCAUGACAGAAUGGAGCCUCUGUCCCAUAUUCCUCUGGAAAACCUCUACCAUCCUCCCAGUACACCAAUCUGUUCAUCAAGGACAUCUCUCAUCUCACAUUCUCAAGCUUGACCAUUUCAAAAUUUCCCAAAGUUCAUAAAACUCCAUGUGAAAUUUUCUAAAGAACGCACCAAAUUUUCCAAAACCUUCAAUGCAAAGCUAUAAAUCAAGGCAAUAAUAAAAUGUGUUUUGUUUGUAAUGUCCCAUAAAAAGCAAUCUAUGUAACUAAAUACAUGUAUCAAACUAUUUCUUCAUCUGACAAAAAAAAUAUAUAUAUAUGAAUAAAGAUUUUCUUUUAAAUCUU